CUCUCCACCGCUUCCAUAACUCCUCCAAAGCAACACACUUAUAGCUCUCUCUCUCUCUACGCCAUGAUGGUCGAGCCCAGAGGACUGCUAUGGGUAUUGGCUCUGCUACUUCUCUCUCUAGGGCUCAAAGGGUGGGCUCUGAUGUGGCGCAGGCCGAAAGCCAUUGAAGCUCACUUCAAGCGUCAAGGGAUUGGGGGCCCUCCUUAUCGAUUAUUCCUUGGAAAUGUGAAGGAGAUGAUGAGUUUGAUGAUCAAAGCCUCCUCUCAACCCAUGUCUCCCUCUCAUAAUAUCCUCCCUCGUGUUCUCUCUUUCUACCACCACUGGAAGAAAGCUUAUGGUGGGACUUUCCUGGUUUGGUUCGGACCAACACCCAGACUAACCGUGGCCGAUCCCGACCUCAUUAGAGAGAUCUUUGCUUCAAAAUCCGAGUUUUAUGAGAAGGACGAGUCUCACCCACUGGUCCGACAACUCGAGGGUGAUGGUCUUCUGAGCCUUAAGGGCGAGAAGUGGGCUCUCCAUAGAAAGAUUAUUACCCCCACCUUCCACAUGGAGAACCUCAAAGUUUUGCUACCAGUUGUAGGAAAGAGCAUCAUUAAGAUGGUAGAGAAUUGGGGAGAAUCGAGCAAGACAGAGAUUGAUGUAUCAGAGAGCUUCCAACGCUUAACAGAGGAUAUCAUAACACGCACUGCUUUCGGUAGCAGCUACGAAGACGGAAAGGCAGUUUUCUCUCUCCAAUCUCAACAAAUGGAGUUAGCUGCUGAUGCUUUUCGCAAAGUCUUCAUCCCGGGCUACAGGUUUCUGCCGACGACGAAGAACAGGCGGUCUUGGAAGCUGAACAAGGAAAUAAGGAGGUCAUUGAUGCGGUUGAUAGAGAGGAGAGAGAAAGAGGCAGAGGAAGGUGGGGUUUAUGGUGAGGACCUAUUGGGGCUUAUGAUAAAGGCGAGGGCAGAGGGGGCAAUAAGCGCCAAGGACAUAGUGGAGGAGUGCAAGACUUUCUUCUUCGCUGGGAAGCAAACGACGUCGAACCUGCUGACGUGGGCGGCGGUGCUUCUCGCUAUGCACCCCGAGUGGCAGGAACGGGCUCGGGCCGAACUCCUCGGCCUCCCCGACCCUCCUUACAUCAUCCCUUCCAAGGACCAACUCGACAAGCUCAAGACCAUGAGCAUGAUAUUAAAUGAGGCCCUGAGGCUCUACCCCCCAGCCGUCGCAACAAUAAGACAAGCCAAGACAAAUGUGGAGCUAGGAGGCUACGCCAUCCCAAAGGGCAUGGAGCUGCUCAUUCCAAUCCUGGCCGUCCAUCACGAUCCAGCGUUGUGGGGCCCAGACGCCGACGAAUUUAACCCGUCCAGAUUUUCCGAUGGCGUCGCACGUGCCGCAACCCAUCCCGUGGCCUUCAUCCCCUUCGGCCUCGGUGCUCGCACGUGUAUAGGACAGAGCCUUGCCCUGUUGGAAGCUAAAUUGGUGCUCACCAUUAUUUUGAGGCGAUUCGAUAUCUCUCUAUCUCCUGCGUAUCGACACGCACCCACUGUGCUCAUGCUCCUUUACCCCCAACAUGGCGCCCCCCUCUAUUUCAGACCCCUCCUUUCCGCCCCCACUUCCUAACAUCUUUCUCCAUGUUGAUAUCUUUCCCCUUCCGAACCUCUCUCUCUGACAUACCUGUGAUCCCCUUUCUCUCACUUAAAUUCCUCUCUCUGUCCUCAACGGAACUACCCGUGUUUUUUUUUGUGCUAUACGACACUGUUUUUCCUUCUAUAACCGAAGUACCCCACCUUCUAACAAAAAUAACCCUUCUCUCUAACUGAUAUACUUUUCUAACCUUUUCUCUCACUAAAAUGUGUUCGCCCUUCCUCUCAGAAUCAGGCCGUCUCUCUCUGUCUAAAAUACUCUCUAAUCCAUCCUGUUUACUUGACAAUUCCCCUUUUGUUUAAAUUCCCAUCAAGCCACUACUACAAGGGAAAAGAGGAUAUGGACUUUUGAUAGAGUAAAAUGGUCGAACAUAAUUAGUGUAACAAACCCUAAAUAGUUUGGAUACGAUUAGAAUGAAUGAUGAUGAAUGGUAUAACAAACCGUAAAUAGUUUGGAUAGGAUUGGAAUGAUGAUGUUCCCCGCACAUUAUACAUUGCUAUUCGGAUGGGAAUCUUACCACUUCCGGGAACAUUACAGUUAUUUUCACGAUGUUUGACGAGUUUUUGGUCAAUAUAGGUAAAAAGACGAAAGAGUGAUCAAUGAGUCCUCUUUCUUUGUUUUUUAUUUUUUCUUAUGUUUGCCAGUGUAUUAGCUUCCUCCUCGCUCACCUCCCUCGUAAAAGCGCAUUGUAAAUAUAUGUAUACAUCUUAGUAUGAUGUUUUCAAUUUC